AAAACCCGGAAGCUAGUGGCCUUCAGCAAUCCGGGAGGCAUAGACCGAUGCAUACGACUUGCUCUUGAAGAAUUGGUCUUCUGCCACGCUUCCUCCUUGUUCUUCCAUGUGCUUCGCGUCGGACACUGCAAGGCAUCUGAAUACCUGACGUACUGCGUAUUCCGUACGGAGCACUCCGUACCCUCGGUCACCUUACACUAACUUUAUCACAUAGGAGCCCCACAUCUUAUCAUGCGCCCCAUUUAAAAAAAUUCCAAGACUGAGGGGGAACAUUGGCUCGGUCGGGUAGGCGAAAGCGAUAGGAGGCGACGGAAAAGGUUCAAGACAGUAGCCGAAAACCAGCCCUUUCGUCAUGGCAAAGACUCUUGAGAAGACCCGGAAGCAGAUUGCGAAGAAGAGGAACGGGGCAAUAGAAGCGCUUCAUGAGAAAAGUCGGGAUUCGAAACGGCUCCACCGAGCCCAGGUCCGCGACGACCGCCUUGAGAAGAUCGCCGAGGCACGGCGGAAAAAGGACCAACCUCUUCUCGCCCGUGCUGCGUUCUUUCAGGCGUUUGCUCGCGAGCAGGGGAACAAGGCUGUCGAACUCGAGGCGAUCCAGUCCAAGAUCAACGAAUUCGUGCACCAAUAUGACGAAGAGUACGAAGAGGUUAAGAAGGCCCGGCGACCCGGCCGCCCGCCUAGCAUGAAAGAGGAUCUGCUGAGGAUGAAAAUCUCGGCCCUCGAGAAGGAGUACCGCGACGGCUUUUAUCUGCCGGACCUCAGAUCGGAGGCCAACGUUCAGCUGCUAAGCCGGUUUGAAGGUUCCUGGUCGUAUCUGGCCAACCUCGCCUGGGUGAAGAUUUCCGCCGCGGGCGGCAUCAAGCCAUCUAGCUUCCCUCCGCAAAGUCUUUAGGGCGAUCGCG